AUGAGUGCUUUCAUCUGGCACGAGAAGGAGUCCCGGCGCACAGCCCAUCAACGCCGCAAGCAGGAGCGGGAGGUCAAGGCGCAGCAGACGCAGGCCUUCCUCUCCAAUGUGACGAGUGGCGUGGAGCCACCCCCCUUCGAUCUCGUGCUCGACCAGAACGAGCGACGCCUCCAGGUCCCAGCAGGCUGCAUGGGGCUGGUGAUUGGCAAGAAGGGCGAGCAUCUGAAGUCUGUGGAGAAGGACUUCAAGGUUACUGUCCACAUCGAAAAGGACGACACCAGCUCCGACAACAUCCUCCUCAUCUCGGGUGCCUCGCCGGCAGAGGUGGCGGCGGCCGUCAAGGCUCUGGACUUCGACAUGAGGACCCUGGAGGUGCCGAAAGAAAUCGCAGGAUGGGUCUGUGGCAAGGCCGGUAGACAUUUGAAGCUGGUCCGCGAGAUGACCGGGGUGGCCGUGUUGAGCAUGAAAGACAUGGACAAGGAGCUCCAAGAUGGACGCGAAGACCAGAGCGGUCUCAGCAGCGUGUCAUCACGAUGCUCCUUGGAGAUCAAAGGUCUCCGAGAAAGCGUGGAGGCUGCCGCCAUGUGCAUGGAGGCUCACAUGAGCUACCACUCUGUCUUCCAGGAGAUGGAGCAGGUCGAGAAGGAUCUUGACCAGCGCAUCGCCGAUGCCAAGGGGCGCCUGUCACGCCGGGCAGUUGCUGCCCCACAUAGCGGGCCCGGCCCUGAGACGAGUAGCUUCCACUAUUUCCACUUCCUUUUUGUUUCUUCGGCGGUCCUGGGUUGA